UGUUGCUCUCUGCUGGGUGUGUGUUUGUGUGUGCGCGCCAGGGUGCGUGUGUGUGUGGGUUGUUUUUUUUUCUAGAGAUGCCGAGGAAGAAGAACUUCAGGAUUUCGCAGGCAGCGAGGAGGAGUGCUGCGGACAGACGGACCCUUGACGUUUCUCCUCAGGUUCCCAUGGACCGCUGUGCACCGCAUGGCACUGGGCACCGGCACAAGGUGAGGAGGUGGGAGGUGUCGGUGCUCACCGGGCGGCAGCACAAGUUGGUUCUUCCGCCGGAGUCCCACGGCAAAAAGGUGGUUUUUGCUAUUGGUGACUCCCAUCUUCGAAGCCUUGCAGAUGGCAUCGUGCGGUUGCCUGAGGGUCGUCUGGCGUGGGGGUUCAUGUCAACGCCGGGGGCAAGCGCCACCGAGUUGAGAACUGAGGUGCUUCAUGCUGAGGUGCCUCAGGAUCCCGACUUGGUGUGCGUCUUGGCUCCGAGCAAUGACUUGACCGCCAAGCACACCAUCGGUCGUGCGGCUGCAGACUUCGAGCGGUACCUAGCCACCGUCUGCAGUCGCUGGCCGAAGGUGUGUGUGCUGGACUUUCCUCCGAGGUUGACCGUUGAGGACUCCCUGCAAGAGCUCUACCGCCAGGAGUUCCACCGUGUGGCAGCCCGCAUGGCUGUGAAGUACUUCCACAUCGCGGACCACUUCCCCCGGCAGUGUCUCAACCUGUGGAGUCGCGAUGGUGUCCACCUGAGUGAUGACGUCGGCAUGGAGAUCUUCGCCCAGCUGCUGUGGACGGUUGCUUACACGCAACUGGAGACCGUGCCGCCAGCCCCGCCGGUGUCUCGUCCAUCCCCACCUUCUCGCUUCACUCCCCGUGUGGUUGUGAAGGGAGAGGUGAGGGUGCGUCGCAGCCCUGGGCCCGAGGAGUGGACUGUCGUUGGUCCGAGCGGCAAGUCCUCUGGAGGAUGCAGUGCAGUUCAGCGGGAGCCGGCUGGCAUCCCCCUGAAUCCUGUGCUGUUCAGCAGUGAGAUGUUGGAGGAGAUGGAGAAGGUUUCUCCAUCAAAUCUGACAUCUCCUGCUGACUUCGCUGGUGUUUCACCGCCAAAGACGCUGCGUGUGAAACACCACUCCAAGAGGACUCGAAGGGUAAGUAGAUUUUGGAAAUAAAUCUUUGUAUUUAUUAUUUUUCCUGUGUUUGUGAAGUGAAAUAAACUUUGUUUUCGUUUCUUUUCUAUUUGAGACUGCAUCCAGCCGAGGGAUUUCUUCUGACUCCAAGGCCGCUCUGGAGUCGAAGAAGGUCGGGGCAACGUCCAGGCAUCCGGUCCCUUCUGGCCGCACUGACGAGACGACGGUUGAGACAACACAGAGCCCGGGUGUGUUGUCUUCUACUGAUGAAGAUGAGGCAACUACUGCGAAGGUAAGUGAGGUGAGUAUGGGUAAUGUUGAUGUUGUUAGGGGUUCAGUUCACCAGGGGCACAGUCGGUUUAGGAAUCCGGGAGUUCAGUGUAUGGCGAUAGGGUUGGUUAGUUUGGCCAGACAUAUGGUGUCUAGUGUGUUCAAUUGGAAGACAGAAGAUUUAGAUUUAGCUCUGUGGUUAGGAGAUCAGCUCUAUACGCAUCUGAAGGACCAUGGUCUAAUUCCUCCAGGAGAAGACUUUUUGAUGAUCCCAGAGUUGCCGAAAGAGCACGUUUUAUACUGGCAGAACUUUAAGUUUUCGUUCCCUGAGACUGUCAGUGGUGAUGUCACUGUGACUGAAGGAGAGUUCAUUGAGUGUGGAGCAUUUGUGACUCUAGAACAUGGGCUGGAAAGGAUGUUAUCUCAGUACCAGACAUGUCUUUUGACCUUGUGUUCAAAUACAUGUGCUGUAAUUUCUGCUAGUGGUAGGUUUGCUGUUGUUGAUUCUCAUUCACGCAGUGCUACUGGCAUGGUGGAUGUUAAUGGUACCAGUGUAGUGUUGUACUUUGGUUCCAUUAGGGAAGUGUUUGAUCACUUUAGUUGUUUGGCAGCGAUGUUUGGUGGUGAAAGCAAGCCUUUUGAAAUAAAUGGUGUUGAUGUGAGUAGGGAGUGUGAAUCUGAUGAUGGCAAUAAGCAACGUGUAAAACGUCAGCUGUCAGCAGAUUGUGAUGAAGUUGGCCUUUCCAGCCCAUCUAAACAUACGCCAAAGAAAGGCCGUAUUAAUGUUUCGAUGGUUGUUUCAGAUGAAGAGUUUGCUGUUGAGGAACAGGUUUUGGUAAGUCGGCAGGUUAGUUCAGAUGUGGAAGUGGUCAGUGAAGGACAUGAAAAGCUUAUGUUUAACCCUCUCUGUGAAAAUACUUGUCAAAGAUUGUGUACCAAAUUAAAUAUAGAGUGUGAAAGUGUAAAUAGCGCUGCGUCUAGUCGUGUCGGCGAAUUAGGCGUUCCGUGCCAAAAUAGAGACAUAGUUGCUGAUGGUAGCUGCUAUUUUAGGGCCGUUUCUCAGGCAGUGAGUGGCACACAAAAGCAUCACAUUAAAAUUAGGAGAGCGGUUGUUAAAUAUUUAAUGAAAAAUGAUUUGAAAUAUAAAAGUAGUUUGAGAGAAGGUUAUUCCUCUGUGGCAGAUUACGUAGACAAAUCAAAAAUGCGUUAUGUUAGCAGCUGGGCGACAGAAUUAGAAAUACAAGCCACAGCAGAUUUGUUGGGUAUUAAUGUCUUUACAUUUAUUGGUGGUCGUUGGCUAAAGUAUGGAUGCAGCAGCAGUUGUGUGUCAGAAAAAUCAAUUUAUUUAGAAAACUGCCUUGGUAAUCAUUAUGAAACUGUAGUUUGCGUUAAAGAACCCAAACUAGAAACUUGUUAUGGAUACUGUAAAGUAAAUCUUUCAGAAGCGUGUCGUACUAGAUUGUCAGGCAAAGAUUUAAUUAGAGAUGCUUCAUCUGAAAGUGACACGUCAGUUUGCAAAAAGGACAUAGAGCGCGGUGUAUAUAUUUCUAAAUAUAAUAAAGUAAUGAGAAGAACCCAAAUUAGGAAUAUGAAUAAAAUAAAGUAUGCACUAGAUGCGCGUCACCGUGAAAAUGCGAAAGACCGAAAAAAAAUAAGAUAUGC